AGCUAGAAGAAAAUGCAGCUCAAAAGUGCUUUUUUUCUCAGCAAGUCUGAACCAGUCAGCCUGGUGCCUCCUCCCUCCGGCUUGCACCCUCCCUCGCCGCGCUCCGGAGGAAUAUCCCAGCCUGCUCCAAAGCGCAGCCGAGCGCCCGGGGCAGGACGGAGGAGCAGAGGGGCCGGGAAGUUUGUGUGCCCGGGGCUGGCUGCCAGCUCCCGCUCUCCCGCACGGCUCCAGUGCCUGAAUUGCCCAGGAUGGGGUCCCCGCACUGGAAAAGGCUCUGCCUUCUGCUCCUGGCGGGUUUAACAUCCUCCCUGCUCCUCUACAGCCACUACCACGCUACGGUGGAGGCGCCCAGCAGCCCGAGGAUCAUAGCCAGCUUGCUGCAGCCAGGGCAGCUGGUCCUGGCUCCCUCGGGGACACCACAGGGAGCUGGCAGCCACAGGUGGGCUCUUGGAGGCAGCUUGGAGAGUGGGAAUUCCUUCAAGCCCUCUGCAGAGGUGGAGGAGCCAGAGCCCAGCAGAAAGCAGCCCAGCCCCUGCCUCCACUCUGUAAUGGCCAGAGCAAAGGCAGACCCCAAGUUUCGGGAGAUCUUCCACUUCAACACCCCCGUGCUGAUGUGGGACCAGCACUUCACCCUGGAGACCUGGAACAGGCUGAAGACACGACAUGUCCCCUAUGGCUGGCAGGGCUUGUCCCUCGCAGUGGUGGGCAGCACCCUGCAGCUCCUCAACGCCUCGGCCAACCGGCAGCUCUUCGACAGGGCCGCCUUCCCCGGGGGCUGCGUCCGCUGCGCCGUGGUGGGCAACGGGGGCAUCCUCAACGGCUCGCGGCAGGGCAAGGCCAUCGACAGCCACGACCUGGUCUUCAGGCUCAAUGGUGCCGUGAUCAAGGGCUUCGAGGAGGACGUUGGCACCAAGGUCUCCUUCUACGGCUUCACGGUGAACACCAUGAAGAACUCCCUCAUCUCCUAUGAGGAGUAUGGCUUCACCCAGGUCCCCCAGGGAAAGGACCUGAAGUACAUCUUCAUCCCCUCGGAUAUCCGGGACUACCUCAUGCUGAAAUCAGCCAUCCAGGGCAGCCCAGUGCCCGAGGGCUCGGACAAGGGGGAUGACCCACAGAAGUAUUUUGGACUGGAGGCAUCUGCAGAGAAGUUCAAGCUGCUGCAUCCUGAUUUUCUGCAGUACCUGACAGCAAGGUUCCUGCGCUCAGAGCUCCUCAACACCCAGUACAGCUCCCUGUACAUGCCCAGCACCGGCGCCCUCAUGCUCCUCACCGCGCUCCACACCUGCGACCAGGUCAGUGCCUACGGGUUCAUCACAGCCAACUACGAGCAGUUCUCAGACCACUACUACGAGGUGGAGAAGAAACCUCUGGUGUUUUAUGCCAACCAUGACAUGAUGCUGGAGGCAGCACUGUGGAGGAGCCUGCACCGUGCAGGGAUCAUCACCCUCUACCAGCGCUGAGGCUGGGAGGUUGCCCACAGGGCCAAGUCCAAGGACUCUUGUGUGGCUCUUCUCCUUUCUCCUGAGGGUCACCUUCUCCCUCCUGAGGGCUCUCCCCAGCUGGCCAGCCAGCCCACGGAGCAGGCUUGCUGCACCACAGCCAGCAGUGAUGUGAGGAUAACGGGGAAGCUGGUGCUGGUGGAGGAAUGUUGCAUCUCCUCAGGGAUCAGUGUGAUGGAACGUGGCCUUUGGGGCAGCCAGAAGCACCACAGCACGUGGCUGUGCCCUGCCAGCCCCAUGAAUGUGGCUUUGGGGCAGCAGUGGCCCCUGUGGAGCACAGGAGGGGCAGGGUGAUGCUGGAAGAGGAUGCUGGAAAAUGCCCUUCACUUUAAAUGCUCAUCACCAUGGUGGGACCACAGCAGGCAGGAUAAAUCCUUGCACUGGAGCUCAGGUGACAAGAGGUGACACGUCUGGAGAACACCUCUCUCCAGAAAGACUGCAAAGUCCCAGCUGUGUGUGGAUGUGUGCCACGUUCCAGAAGGAUCUGUUUGCCUCCCUGGUCAGUGGCACAGAGAGCAGGACAGAUACAGUGGGCCCUGUCACUUCCCCUUCUUGAGGUCUGGUGUUUUCUGACAAGGAAGAGGCUCAAAAGCCAUCAGCUCCAAGAAGGGUCACAGCAGCUCAGCCAGGACACCAGGAACACAUCCAGGCUGAGCAGCCCAGAGGUGACACUGGCCUCAGCCAUGUGUGUGUGGCACUGGCUUUGUCAGCCUUUUCUUGCACAGGAACUCUGUGGUGCCUCUGAGAGGCAGCCCCACACCAGGUGGGUCAAAGUGAUGGUCACUCCUAAUUUCCUUCCCCAAACCCCAAGGGAGAGGAGGGUCCUGAACCCUUCAGCUGUCCCUCAAACACCAGCACUGCUCAGGGAGACCCACCUGGGGAGGCUUCUCCAGCUGGUGGGGGCUGGAGACAGAGCAGUGUAAUCCAAGACACUUUCCCACUUUGUGUAAUUACAUAAAUGUUGAAUGAUUGUUUUCCCUAACACCUGUUUCUGUUCUUUUGGUGAACUGGGUGGGGUGAGACCCCCCUUUUACCUCCCACAGCAGAGGAGCAGUAAUAGGGAGUAGAGAUUUCAACUGGGGAGCAGCUCCAGAGGCAGAUAGGGAUUGAAACCAGUUUAAAUCAUGGAGACUCAAGACUUUUAGCUCUUAGCACAGCCCUUUUCCACUUGGAAUGCUAUUUACUGUACAAGGUUGGUGCACAGAGAUGGCAAAAGAUACCCUGGCCCUGAGCCAGGGAACCUCCAAACCCCCUGAAGCUCCAGCAGGCUGCUUCCAGCUGGUUCACAGACUCAGGUUAGGCUCCAAGCCUGUUCCAGAUGUAAUCUCUAGCCUGGGGCCCAUCUUGUGUUCCCACGUCUCAAAUAAACCUUUGUUCCCAUCAGAGCCACCCUACACUGGUACCACA